AUGCCGUUGAAAAAACCUACGCCAGUGCGGAUGCCCGCAAGACGACAAAACACACCUGGAAAACGGCCUGUUCCCAAGCGGAAUGGAUUGAGGAACGGCCACGGAGUCAGGAGAUCGCCUUUAAAGGCUACCCCCGGUCAGGCUGGUCUACGUGCUCAUGGUCAACACCGAAGACCUGUAGCAAGAAGAGCAGUGGGAAAUGGAUUGAGGAACGGUCAAGGAGCUAGGAAAUCACCUUUGAAAGUAACCCCUGGGUUACGCGCUCAUGGUCAGCGCCAAAGGCCUGCAGUAAGAGUAAUGGGAAAUGGAGCGAGGAACGCUCGCGGAGCUAGAAAAUCGCCAGGAAAGGUAAAUACUGGUGUACGUACUUAUGGCCAGCAUCGAAGGCCUGCAGCAAGAGUAAUGGGAAAUGGAGUGAGGAACGCUCGCGGAGCUAGAAAAUCACCAGGAAAGGUAAAUACUGGUCUACGCGCUCAUGGUCGGCACCAAAAGCCCACAGCAAGAGCAGGAAUGGGAAAUGGAGCAAGAAAGGCUCACGGAGCUAAGAAAUUACCACUAAAGCCAAAUGCUGGUCAACGUGCUCAUGGUCAGCAUCAAAAGCCCACAGCAAGAGCAGGAAUGGGAAAUGGAGCAAGAAAGGCUCACGGAGCUAAGAAAUUACCACUAAAGCCAAACGCUGGUCAACGUGCUCAUGGUCAGCAUCAAAAGCCUACAGCGAGAAGAGGCAUUGGAAAUGGUGUGGCGAGAAAUGUCAUGAAAAGCAUUGGUAUACAUCCCCGCAAGAACCGAGCUGUCCCAAGACAUGGCCAACCAAAAAACUAUUCCGGUAAAUUGAGAAACCAAAUUCGUAAGAGCCUGCGACCAGCUGCUCGUAACAUGAAGAAUGCUGCUCCAGGUUUAGAUGCCCGGAAACGACCGCACCAGAACAAGUCCAAUAAGCGAGGUGAUCCAGGUCCAAAACGACCAUUGCCUCGUGGAGGAGCAAGUGGGCUUCGUCAUAAUAUAAACCGGCACAUGAAGUCUUUCAGGCAUCAAGUUAGGCCUAGGAAGGAGCUCCGACGGCAUGGAAAAGCUAAGUUGCCUCAAAAUCCACUUCGCCAGAAUCGUCAAAGAUUGAUGAAACCCCUGAGACCAAACCCUCGUCCAGGCAUGGGCAGAGUUCCUCUUCCUGUCCGUCAACACCAAUCAGCCAGGAGGAAUCUUGCUCUCCGCAACCUGAUGGCUGGUAGAAAACCCGUGCUUCAAUACCCACGUCAACCAGCACCCCGUCUCCCCGUGCCUGAUUAUCUGGCUGCUCCACGGAGAAUUCCUUUUCCUCGGCGCUUGAUGAAUAGCAUCAGACCUCAGGGGAGAUAUCCCGCUCCACCGCGUGAUAUUGGCCGGAUUCCUGUGGGAGGUGUGGAGAACCGACGGCCUAACAGAGCUCCUGUUAUAUCCUCAAUGAUUGCUGGUGUAUCUCGCUUCCUGUCCCCAAGGGCUCCUGCUCCUCCGCCACAAUAUUACCCUGAUCAGGAUACUGAAUAUGACUUGCCUAAUAUUGGCGGCCUUGCAAUCAGUGAAGACGGGGUUCCGGAUGGAUAUAGUGACAUUCAAGAUGAUUAUUACACAGAUGAUCAGGCAUAUGACGAUCAAAACUAUGACCCUGAUGACGAUGGAGAGUAUGACUCAUUCAACGAAGACGACGACUAUGGCGUCGAAGACGAUGAAGCCGAGGAAGAGUGGAGAUGA